ACGGUGGUGUUGCGACAGUGUCGUCAAGGCCGACGGCAGGGUGACAAUUUGACCAGUUGUCCUCUAAACCGGUUUGCCCGAAUCUCUCUCAAACAAUAAAUCAGGUUUCAUUUGGGCAAUCGACAAACUUAAUCAUGGCAGGAGUAAUUGCACGAAAAGCCAUCGACCAUGUGAGAAGCAAGGAUUUCAGAGAUUACUUGAUGAGCACGCAUUUCUGGGGUCCAAUUGCAAACUGGGGUCUUCCAAUUGCGGCCAUCUCUGAUAUGAAGAAGAGCCCAGAGAUUAUAAGUGGCAGAAUGACCUUUGCGUUGACCUGCUACUCGCUGCUCUUCAUGCGAUUCGCCUAUAAGGUGCAGCCUCGCAAUUGGUUGCUUUUUGCUUGCCAUUUGACCAAUGAAUCGGCUCAGCUCAUUCAGGGUGGUCGACUCAUCAAAUAUAACAUGGAGAAGAAGAGGGCGUCUUAGUGGCAGCAUGAAGCCUUCACGUCAGCUUCCUGCCUGGAGAGCGAGUUUCAGUGGAGGGGGCCUGCUGAUUAAGGAUCUACCUUGACCACCACAGUACAAAACGUAGAGCCCCUAAGAGUAUUCUUUGCUGCUAGCGCCGAACCCUAAUGGUUCAUUUUCAGCAUUUAGUUGUAGUUUGGAUCGUAGGAUGUACUUCACAGGGAUAUUAACACAGACGGUUCUCAGAAAUAUCAAACUGUAUGUAGUUUUAUUUUUACAACUUAAGCCACGCAUCAUCGUAAUUGGGGAGAAUGUAAAUCAUCACAAAUGUAGCCUAUACUUUGUUAGCUAUGUAAAAAUGUUACAAUGUUCGCUCUUAAACCAUCUUCAAACAAAUAGUGGUUGAUGAUUUAAAUUAAAUUGUAAUCUUUUAAUUUAUGUAAUGAAAGUUCUUGAAUUAAUAUUUGAACAUGAAACCUAAUGAAUGAUAUGAAUUAAAAACAAGACACAUAUUUAAUUUUACCCUCUAAGGCCCACUUUGUAUGAUGUACUACAUUGUACGGUCUGCAACAAUUAAAUUCAGAUUUUCUUCUGAGACUACGGAUUAUUAUAUGACCAAAUUGUGUUUUGAAACUCGACUGGAGAAGUGUUGACUUUGUAUGCUUCUUGGUGAAUUAUUCUACAAGGGUAAUAAAUUACUCAGAUUA